AUGUCAUCUCCCUCCGUUGUCCAUCUUCCCAAUGACCUAUCCCUCUCCAUCACCCCCGUGUUCGGAGGUAUCACCUUCAAGUUGAAUGAAAUGGCCAUAGGCACCUCCGUCCUACCUCCUGGCUGGACUAUUGUCAUUCGAACAGAGAAACGCGACUCUAAUCCUAAACAAGAGCAUCUCUCACCCCCGCAUUCCGUUGGAUCCGGUGCAAUCCAUUCUGGGGAAGCGUCGUUAUCGUCCACUCCACCUGGGACACCAACGGAGGACAAGCACCAUCAUGGCCCGUUCACAAAGCCCACUCUGAACGGCGACUACCUAUUCAUUUCCUCGAUAUCCCUUCCCUCUACCAGCGAUUUCAAGCCCGCCACUUCGCCAACUCGUCAAAUUGCCAUGUUGCUUUAUGCGACUCUUUGGUGGUAUUUCCACCAACCUGCUCCAAGCCGGUUUGUCUCCACCGAAGAGUCCAAAUCAACCCCAGACCCUGCAAAACCAAAGGGGGAAUGGCGCGUUUAUAUCAAGCGGCAGGGUAUCUUCACCGGAAAACAUCUAAUGCAAAAGCUGGAACGGAUGGGUUUGGUUAGAAGCGAAGAAUCCUUCGUGGGCUGCCAGCCUUUUGAUGUACACGAUGCCACAGGAUGGUCGACCAUGUUUAUAAGCCAUCGUACCUUUUGGCAAAUUGAUCCUCGCAUUUUUCUCUUCAAGUUGUGUCCCCAGACGACCGUACCACAUACGGUCGAGUUUCCCAUCACCCCACGCCCGAGUUCUGGCCCAUUUGCUACGGAAAUUGCCGGAAACAUCAGCGGUUCGGGGCUGAUCAGUCCAACAGAAAGUAUGUACUACGGUGUCCCCACUAGACACGGGGAUCCAUUUACUUCCGGGAGUUGUUUACCUACCUUUUUUCCACCGCCGCCUUCGGAAUUUAUCUUCACAAAAGGAAUCCGACAUCCUGUCCGCCAGAAACCUCCACGACAAGGUGAAGUGUUUUACACCCGCUAUAUCCCUAGUUUAGGCCAGACACUGUCAUUUCGGGUUCCACUCUUACCUCCCAAGCUCCCAACCGUUUUAGACAGCCUAAAAUAUUACCACUCAAAAUCUAGGAGCGUUGCCUCACUUUCAACCACGAGUUCUGGUGAUGCAUCUCCAAAGGAUUACCCCUCUGAUAUCGAACUCUUGUCCAAAUGGAUGAAUAAUCCUCGAGUGAGCAAAGCCUGGGGUGUUGCCGGGCCCCAAUCCGUUCAAGAAAACUUUCUCCGUGAUCAACUCAACUCUCGACAUUCCUUCCCUGCUUUUGGUUGCUGGGAUGGCCAGCCGUUUGGGUAUUUUGAAAUAUACUGGGUAAAGGAAGAUCUCUUGGGAAGAUUGGUACCUGGGCCGGUUGGCAACUAUGAUCGGGGUAUCCACUGUCUUGUAGGUGAGGAAAACUUCAGAGGACCGCACCGGGUGCCAGUUUGGCUCUCAUCCUUGGUUCAUUUCUGCUGGCUGGCCGAUAGUAGGACGGAAACUGUAAUGAUGGAGCCAAGGGUCGACAACACAAAGUAA